GAGAAUGCAAAACAUAUGCGGAAUGCAAGUUUCAUAAUCAGGAGUUUUAGAUAACUGACGCUAUUACUACAAGUACUCCAUUAAACAAACUAGGCAGUAACCAAGAACAGAAUGCAGCUGAAACUGAAUUUAAUUGCCGCGGCCAGUGAAAACAUGGGAAUAGGAAUUAAUGGAGAUUUACCUUGGCGUCUCAAGAGUGAGAUGGCAUUUUUUACCCGCAUGACGACAAAUACCAAGGAUCCAAAUAAGAAAAAUGUAGUGCUGAUGGGACGACGAACCUGGGAAUGUAUUCCAAAAAAAUAUAAGCCGCUACGGAAACGAAUCAACAUGGUUUUGAGUACUCAGACUUUGCAUUUGAAAGAUGAGGCAAUACCUUGCAAAAGCAUUUCAGAUGCUUUAAGUAAGAUCUCGAAAGCACCUUUGAAGGACGUAGUGGAAAGCAUUUGGGUGAUAGGUGGCAGCUCUGUGUAUAGGGCUGCGAUGGAAUCUCCUAAUUUCCAUCGACUAUAUCUAACAAAAGUAUUGAAGCAUUUUGACUGUGAUACCUUUUUCCCAGAGAUACCAAAUAAUUUUGCCUUGACAAGUGAUCCAGAAGUGCCAAAAGAUACUCAAGAAGAAAAUGGAAUCAGUUUCAAGUACUUGGUAUACCAAAGGAAUUAAUACUAUAUCAUAAACUUUACUAAACUAUCUCACAGUUUUAAAAUUAUACACAUUAUACAAUAUGAACAUUUUUAAAUAAAUUAAAUGAAAUAUAAACUUUAAAAGAUUUAA